UUACGCAAGCGUAGUAUGAGCUGUUUGUCCUGUUCAUCUGGUCGAGUUACCUGUGAGAGAAUCAGUUUCGGUGGAGAGAACCAAGUGUACCCUGCAAUAGGGCUUUCUCAAUGUAAGGAGCGGAGAGGUGGAGGGGGAGAUCUGGGGCCAAUGCUGGGGAUUCAUAAUUGGAGCAGAAGCAGGUGACGAAGAACUUACACGCAACAACCGAGGGGAAAUAUACAGCUGUAUAGUAUUCUACAAUUUUUUUUUUUUUUAAAUAAAAAAGCAGGCGGAAUUGUGCGUUUAAUUUUGCUUUGGGAAGUACAGUAACUAUUCCAAAGCUCAGAGUCUGUUUGUUACUGCUGGUGUUUGAAACCCGACAUUGCUGCUAAAGUAUUGAGUAUUGAGCUCGAUUUGGGUUGUAACAGUACAGUGACGCGGACCUUGGAUAAUUAAAUCGCCAAGAUGAUGCGCUUUUUGCGUCGGACUUUUGGCCGGGGGUCGAUGCGGCGGUAUCAGUCACCAGGCGAGCGGGACAGGAGAGGCAGAGGGGGUAUUGGAACGCACCCACAACCGCACCCGCACCUGCACCAGCAGCAGCUGCAUCACGUCCCGACCGUAGUGACUGGAGGAGCCGUGGUUCACAUCCCAGCGGCAGGCAACAGUAAAUCGGUGCUGACCUGCCGGGUCCUGCUGUUAGACGGGACGGACGUUAGUGUAGAUCUACCGAAAAAUGCAAAAGGACAGGAUCUCUUUGAACAAAUUGUGUUCCAUUUGGAUUUGGUGGAAGUAGAUUACUUUGGCUUGCAAUUCAUGGACACUGAACAGGUUGCUCACUGGCUAGAUUUCACAAAGCCUAUAAAGAAGCAAAUAAAAAUUGGGCCUCCAUAUACUUUACACUUCAGAAUAAAGUUCUACUCUUCAGAGCCAAACAACCUUCAUGAAGAAUUUACAAGAUACCUGUUUGUGUUACAGCUUAGACAAGACAUCCUUUCGAGCAAAUUAAAAUGUCUGUAUGAUGUUUCUGUAGAACUGGCUGCCUACUGUCUACAAGCUGAGCUCGGAGACUGUGACCCUCCAGACCACUCCCCCGAGCUGGUGUCAGAGUUCAGGUUCAACCCCAAGCAGACAGAGGCCAUGGAGCUGGACAUCUUCCAGAAAUGGAGAGAGUUCAGGGGGAAGAGCCCUGCUCAAGCAGAACUGAGCUUUCUGAAUAAAUGUAAAUGGCUGGAGAUGUACGGCGUAGAUAUGCAUGUGGUUAAGGGCCGAGACGGCUGUGACUAUGCACUGGGACUCACGCCAACAGGGAUAUUGGUCUUUGAAGGGCCCAACAAAAUAGGCUUGUUCUUCUGGCCAAAAAUUACAAGAUUGGAUUUUAGAAAGAGCAAGCUGACUCUUGCUGUAGUGGAAGACGAUGAACAGGGCCAUGAACAGGAACACACGUUUGUUUUCCGGUUGGAUAAUGCCAAGUCAUGUAAGCACUUGUGGAAGUGUGCAGUGGAGCACCAUGCUUUCUUCAGGUUGAGGCAGCCGACGCAUGGCAGGGUGGGCAAAAACGACUUUGUGCGCCUCGGCUCCCGGUUCAGAUUCAGUGGUCGAACAGAGUAUCAGGCAACUCACGGCAGACUGCGGCGGACGAGCACGUUUGAAAGGAGGCCCAGUAAACGGUACCCGUCACGAAGGCAGUCCACUGUUAAAGCAAGCAAUCCAGCAAAACCUGCACACCUAAGUGCUCAGAACAACCCAGAUGCUAAUAUUUAUCAGGCUCAAUAUAAACAAAACAUUCCCUCAGCUCACGAGCACUGGCACGCUGGCCAUCCUGUACACCCUGCUCAGCAGCUUCACCCCACGCACCCUGUGGGUGGAAGCUACCCCCUGGAAGCAGUGCCAGCACUGAAGAACACGGAUCUGGAGCAGUUCAGUAUAGAGGAGAACGGAGGGACUCCCUACACCAGCAAAGGAAGAUGCCAACACCAUCACCAUCACCACCACCCCAGCUACGGGCUCAUUGCCAUGGACUGCAGAGAGCCCCUAGCAACUGUCCAGAAUGUGAACAAGUUGAACUCUGGGAUUGCGUGCAGCUAUGAGGAGACAGCGGCCCGUCUGAAGCAGGUUGAGGAGGAGGCGAACAAGGUGUCUGGACCCUGGCCAGCUCUGCACAUCAAUAUCAAUAACAAGGGUGAGGAGAAGCGGCUGUCUGAUAAGAGCCUACAUUCCCCUGCCUCUCCCUCGGCAGUCCCUGACCACAUGAAGUGUAACAUUCUCAAAGCACAGAUGGACGCAGCCUUCAGGGUGGGGGUGCAGGUUGAGAAAGAGGAUGGAGCCAUGUCAGACCACAGCCUGCAGGAACAUGAUGGGAGGGAUCCAGCGUCUUUGCAGGAUACAUGGCCAUCAUGGGCAGCACCGGAAAAACGUGAGACCAAACCUCCCCGUCUCAAGAAGCUGGUCAGGCAGUACAGCUUUGAUGAGGAUGACCUCCCUGUUGCCCUGUCUAUGAUCUCUGGUGAGAGCAGCACGGAGAAGACAGCAUCCCAGACAUUCCCCUCCUACGAAGGGCCAGCAGCCAGUGAAGCCAAGAUAAAAACAGUACCUUCUGACCCAGCAGAAUCCAUUUUUGAUCCAUUUUCAUCUGUGCCACAAUUCCCAUUCAGCAAGAUAGAUUUACCAGUCUUGGAUAAGCGGUUGCCAUGCUGCGAUUGUCCCUCGUCUCCGGUCCAGCUACAGCUGCAUUCCCAUGGGCAUUCAGCACGACCGCAGACUGACCCACUGCCACCCCCGCAGGCAGUACAGAGAAGUGCAGCCCUGAUGGACAGUGCUGAGGCUUUGAGACGAGAGCUGGGGAGAGAGAAGCUGCUGAAAAGGCUUCUGAUGACAGAGCUGUGAGAAGGUGAGAAGGGAGCGCUGGACCUCCUGUGUGCCUUCAGUCUGUUUACAUUCCUCUGCCUGCCUAUCAAAGAAACCCCCUCAUCACAGAGUACCGUUUACACACUCCAGAACCUGUCCUGCAUAGCACUGCUGAUGGGGAUGAUCAAUGUCUGCUUGGCUAUAGUAAUGCUACUAGAAUUGAACUGUUGGUGUAUGUGUUUUUUUAAUCCUAUGUUUUGCUUUUUGUUUUGUUUUUUUAAAUACAGAAUUAACCUACACAUUAUGUACAUAUUUAAGUAUUAACAUUAUAUAUUAUCACAAAGAAUCAAUGCGAAGGAAACCAUGUGGCAAUUUCUGUGAUUAUAACUGCUUUCUAGUAAAACUGAAAAUGUAUUUAUAAACAUAGACCAAUCAUUUUCAAUAAAAAGCUUCUUUCUUAUCAGUAGCUAUAGAAUCCCAGUUAGGAUAAUAAAAGCAUGUUAAAAUGUGAAACAUGUUUUGCUAGUACACUUAAUUUAAAUUGGUAUAACGUUAUCAGGCCAGGAAUUAAUGAUGUGCAGUAAUGUACUACUGACACUGGAACAGCAUUUCAGUCACCAAAUCAACCAAAUGCAGGGCUUGAUUCAUGAGCAAACUCGAAACUGCAGUAUGAUGACACCAUCAAAGCCUCUCAGAAUAAUAAAAAAAACUGCACUGUAUCUGUUAUGUAUUUAAUUGCAGUAUUUGUUGAUACCAUGUGCUGGUGCAAUGCAUUCAUUUCAGAUUGAAGCCAUUUUGGUUCGAUUAACAGAUUACUGAUGUUUGGCAGGCAUUAGUUGCUAAAUAAAACGUACAAGAGGAUCACAUCACUGCACAUUUAAAUGAGAUACUGUACUACAAUACUGUACACACCCCUGUACUCUGUGAAGGUGCUUUGAUGAGUCUUACAUGUAUGGGAUGAGCUUGAGUAAAAUAAAUAUAAAUCAAAUACCAGAUAAUUGUAGGCUGGGAAGAAUAUGAUAUUUUAAACUUCUGUUGAUUUCAUGAAUACAGACCAAGUCAUUAUGACACCGUUCCAUAGCUUCACCUCGAGGGUUUAGUACAGGG